UUCACCUGUGGACAAUGAAGAGCAAGCGAGGCUGCAGGAUGGUGGCCUGGCUUCUGCUGGUCCUCAGCUUUGCACUCUGUGUCCCUCUUGUCUUAGAGGCUGACUCAGCUAUCGUAUGUCAUACUGGAGACACUGUCACGCUGUCCUGCCCUGGAAGACUCCUUAAUGACACAGAGGAGCUUCUGUGGAUGUUUAAAGGCAAACCUGCCUUUUCAUAUGGAAACGGAAGCUUGUGUGAAACUGGUCGUUAUGUCAGCCGAACCUCGAUUGGAUCCAUCCAGCAGAAUAAUUUCUCUUUAGAUAUUACUAAUAUCUCGAAAGAGGAUGCCGGGGUUUACACAUGUCGCAUCAGUGGAGAUACAGAACACAUACGAAGCAUUAGCCUUAUUGUUAAUGACUCACAGGCUCACGCUGACUCUGCUGCUUCUGUCCCUCUGUGUCUGACAGAUACAGAGACCGACCGGGAGCAAAGGGCUGCAGGGACCCAACAUGGAGAUCGUCCUGUUUGCAGGCCAUACAGAGAGAGGGAGGAUCCCCCAGGGGCGUCUUCAGGAGGAAACCGGGGGCUCACUGUCGGCAUUGUGGUUCCUGUGGUGCUUUUGGUGCUUGUGGUGGUUGGGGUGUUAAUCAUAAAAUGGAGGAACAGGCAAGGAGCGGAAAGGCAGGAAGAUUCUGUUCUGUACACUGAGGUGCUCACUACAAUCAAAAUGCUGGUUCAGAAAUAAAAUGUGGUGCAGAGAGGUCUAGAAUGCCGAUAUCAAUAUGCUUGAAGUUAGAUUAUGGGAAUUGUCGUUACGCGUUAUCAUGAUGCGUUAAGGGUUUUGGGGGCUUUCUGAACGUCUCCUAUCCAGAGUCUAUUUGGAGGCCAGUGGAUCCUCAGUUUCAGGUGUCUUUUCCCAGAAUUACCUCUGCUGUACUGUAUUUGGAUGCCAGGAAAUGCUUCUAUUUUUAAAAUUAUUUAUUUUUUACUGGAUUUUAAAACAUUUUUUAUCAGUGGAUAUUUUCUUGUUGCAUAAAUAUGAAUGUUACACCUGUGAAAAAAACUCUUGAAAUAUGCUUAUGCAACUUUAUACAAUAAAGCUAUUUAUUUAUGCCA